CUGGUGCGUGGCAUUCCCGCAAUAUGGUCGCGGAAUGAAGCCGUUCUUGCUUGCAUCAUUUCUAAUUUCUUAUUGAGCAGAUAGUUGAGAGCUUACCUUGCUUUCGUUCCCCAGAGCUCCACUUCUUAUACCCGUCUCUCUGUCUUCCUCUUCGCUGUUCUCUCUUCUCCCCUCAAUUGAUCUUUCUCCUCCUGACACGCCCUGCACGACUUACCUCAAUCCCCUCCAAUUACCUACCCGCCCACUAUGGAUCCUGCUGAAGUCUCUAUACCCCCCCUGAAGGACCUCACAAUCGACAACAUCACCGAAAAUGUCAAUCUCAUAAACUCGCAAACACCGGAUCCGAGGUUGAAAUAUAUUUUGGAGAGGCUAGUCAGCCAUAUGCAUGAUUUUGCACGAGAGACGAGGUUGAGUACGAAGGAGUGGAUGGCGGGUAUUGAGUUUUUGACGGCGGUUGGGAAGAAGUGUACGGAUGUUCGACAGGAAUUCAUCCUCCUGUCUGAUACAUUAGGCCUUUCCCUCCUCGUCGACUCUAUCGACCAUCCCAAAAAGCCCUCCUCAACCGAAGGCACCGUCCUAGGUCCCUACCACACGCACGACGCCCAAACCCAGGCCCUAGGCCAGUCCAUCUCGGGCGAUCCCGAUGGCACACCCCUCCUCUGUCUCUGCACCGUGCACACAACAUCCGGCGCGCCUAUUUCUGACGUCAAAAUCGACAUUUGGGAAACAGACUCGAAGGGCUCGUAUGAUGUGCAGUACGAAGAUUAUAGCGGAGAGAAACCAGAUGGCAGGGCGGUGCUGAGAAGUAAUGAAGAAGGAGUCUUUUGGUUCAAGGCGAUCGUGCCCGUGCCGUACAGUAUUCCGCAUGAUGGCCCAGUUGGGAAGAUGUUGGGGAUAUUGGGACGACAUCCGUGGAGACCGAGUCAUAUGCAUUUCAUGUUUGAGAAGGGGGGGUUUGAUCAUCUUAUCACCGCCCUAUACCUCCGUAACGACCCCUAUGAAACUAGCGACGCAGUCUUUGGCGUUAAGGAAUCCCUCAUGGUUGACCUCGGCAUCGUAACCCCCGAACAAGCGAAGAAAUACGAUAUUAAAGAAGGCGCAAAGCUCCUAACAUAUGAUUUCGUGCUCAUGACGGAUGAAGAAACGAGCGAGUUGAGGGACGAGGAGGCAAAAAAAGCCAUGGAGAAGUUGGGCAGGGGGGAUAUGCGGAUUGUUGAGGGUUUGCCGAUUCCAAUGGAGGAUGUGGAUUAGAAGGAUGAUGGAUCGGAUGGGAGAAAGGCUUGGGGACGUUGGGGACAUUGAAUUUGACUAGGUAACUGUCGAAUUAGGGUGGAAUAAAUAUUAGCGGAGAUGCUGUAUUCAUGAUGGGUAGUAGAAGAGCAGAAGCAGCUCCAAGA